CUGCCUGCUAGCUGGGACUGGUGCCUCUGCACAUACUAGGUGCUGGAUGUGUGGCUAUUUACACUAUUGGACCCUCAGGACUUUGUACUGCUUCUUCCAGCCGGAGGUCAAGACAUCGCAGGAUAGGCAAUGCAAUAAGUGGAUUUUAGCCAUCAGACGAUGUCUGCAUUGUAUAGUUGUCUGAAAGGUAAAAAUGAUGCAAUUAUGGCUGCAAACACUUCGGAAGGAGCACAGACUGUGAUGCUUGAAGAGCCUCAUGAAGAAUGUUCUGGAAAAAAGAAAUCAAAGUUCCAGGCUUUCAAAAAAUUAUUUGUCAAAAAGAAAAGGAAAGAAUCUACAGCACCUAUUAAAGAAAGCAAUCUAAAACCCAGUCAGUCCAGUAGCGAUGUCAGUGGAUCUGGAGCCAACACAACUGCUUUUGAUGCUGACCAAGAAUCAGUGUCCAAGGGAAAUAUGGGGAGCAAGGCAGUAUCUCACGACAGUGUAUUUAUUUCUGAGAUGGAGAGCUCCGUGAAGGAAGAUAUCUCUCAGGAGUGCACCCCCGGGAAAGUGAAAGCAUUACAGCUGCAGCUCCAGCAGAACAUCCGGAUAGGGUCUCCACCACAGGGUAUUGUCCCCAAGAAACUUGAGGAUUCUGGGACGCUUUCAGAAGAUGAUGGUUUACCGAGAAGUCCCCCAGAAAUAACUUCAUUGCAUGAGAUUCUUGCCCGCUCAUCAGGGAAGUCUCCAAACAGUGCACAGAGACGCAAUUCUAUAAGUUUAGGAGGAACAGACAGUGAAGACGAACCGGAAUCUUCUGAACUGUCUUCACGUCCCACCAGUCCAUCGCACUCCAAUGUCCUUUUGUGUCCUACCUCUCCAGUCAGCCAUUUCCCUCUAGCAGAUUUUACAUCUCCAGCAAGUUCUGUGAGCUGUCUGGAUAAUUCUGCAGCAAAGCACAAGAUAUUAGUUAAGCCAAAGAAACGGAGACCACCAAUCAUGAAUGUGAAACCAACACAGGGUACUAAUAGGACUAACAAGCCAGUACAAAUUAAAAGGGGAGAAGAGAACGAUAACAUGGUUGAAGAGCAACUAUUUGAAAUCCCAGACUUGGACAAAUGUUCUGUACACGAGGCAUCAAGUGAAGUUGUCAAAAUCGCAGAAGAUGUUCUGCAGAAACCAGAGGAAGAUAUUGUUGUGUCUGUUUGUGAACCACAAAUGGAUGUUUCCAAAAAGGACAAUACACCUUUGAUUUUGGAAGUCCCUCUGCUUGAAAACCAGAUAGUAUCAUUUCAAAAUGAAGCUGUAUGUAGUGAAACUGAUGUGGAUUUCAAUGAAACUCUUGUAUCUAUAGGAGAUCGGGUGGACAUAGCUGAAGAAUUGGAAAGUGAUGAAGUUACUACUUCACCACAGACCUAUGAUUUCCAACCUACACAUGAAAAUAAUGAGAUUACAAUUACAGUUAUACCUUCUGAAAUCAGUAGUGUUGAAACUCCUGAAGGUAACACUGUUCAAAUAGAAAAUCCUAAUUUAAACACCAGCCAAGACUUGGUUUGUGGAUCAAUAGGAAAUUAUGAGCCAAAUCUGGAAGAAGCAGUAGCAACUGCAGUGAGUGUAAUAUCACAUGAAGAAUACAACGAACUUGGCACAGUAUUACCAGACAUACAAAAUGAUUUAUUAAAUGUGUCCAAAAGUGAUUUAGUUGAAACUGAUACCUUAGAAAACCGUAUGUUAUCAAUACAAACAGUCACUUCCAUGAUAAAGGAUGACGUUCAAGAGGUUCAGGUUGCUUGUGAAUGUGAUAGAUCACAUGAAAGUAAUGAAAAACAUCUAGAUACAGUAGAAAUACAAAAUACAGAGGCCAUCCUAGAAGUAUCCGAUCAACUGGUUGCAAACAAUGAGGGUAAAAAUGAGCAACUGCCUUCUGAACAAAAGACAGAAACCUCCGAUCUGAGUAUUACUGAGGUUAAGGAUGACCAGUGUGAUGUAGAUAAUGUACCUGAUAGCAAAGCGCCUGUGAUAACAAAUGCAAAUGACUCUAGCUACACAAAAGUCACCACCAAUGCCCAUGAUUUUGGUAUUUUUGCAAAUAGUGAAACUUCAGCAGAAAUAGUCAAAGAAAUUAAAUCAGCAGAGCCAAUUCCAGACAGUAACAUUAAAGGAUCCAACAAACCAAUAAGAUUUACUGUAGCCCCUGCAUGGCAAAGAGUGCAUUCAAGUGGAUCUAGUGUGAAAGACAGCCCCUUCAUCAAGAAUGCCAUAGGUAAUAUUGUCAGGUCUGGAUCAUUAGAUAGUGCAGAUGAGUCUGUAGUACAAAGUAGUAGUGAGAAGAAGAAUGUUCAAAAAGACCAAGAGGAAUCCUGUGGUCAUUUUGGUGUCAGGUUAAGGCGGACUUCAUCUUCCAUAAAAUAUAAUGAAGACCAUCAAGAAGAUUUUUCCACAGAAGACUUAUCUCCUGUGGAUAGCUCAUCCUUACUUCCAGGGAAAAGCCUGCAAACCCCUAAAAGGACAACGUUUAAUAUUGACUGUGCAAAAAUGUCUUCUAAUGAUGAGGAAAAAGUCACUCCAGAAGUUAGAAGUCAACCAAAACCAAAAGCAGAUCAUUCACCACCAGAAAACACAGAACCUGCAUGGAUUACAAUGGCAAAACUGAAACAAAAGGGGUUUCAGGAGCAUCCACUUGCCAGAGAACAGAGUAGCGCAACUGAAAAAAAUGAGAAAGUUAAGGAAACAGAAUGUAUCCAGAAAAAAUAUAUAGUCACAAGUCCCCAAGUAGUAGAAGAAAAGAGGUCUGAACAAGCAGCUGCUGACAGUCCAGCUGCACCAGAGGUGGCACAACCAGAUUCUGAGAAGAGCACCCCCUCUACACAACCACAAAACCCAGAGGAACCGCCAUGGUUUGUACUUGCCAAAAAGAAGGCAAAAGCAUGGAGUGAGAUGCCUAAAAUUGUGCAGCAGUGAUAAAUAUACGUCUCAAGUCUCAUUUUUGUGUGUCUUUAUUAACUGUGAGACAUCAGCCAACGAUCCAAGGUUCUUCUCUAUGUAUUCAUGUUCUCUGCCUUGACAUAAGGAAACCAGUAUUUUUUAUUUUAUAAAAGUCUUAAAGGAAACUCCCUUUUUUUUAUACUCUAAAAGGGCUUAAUGGCCAGAUAAGUGCACAUUUUUUUUUUUGGUUGCGUCAUAUCAUGACGUUUUUGUGCAAAUUAAUCAGGUGCAGUGCAAGAUCUAAAUAGUUAUUCUCCCUGCUGUAUACCAUUGCA